GGCGGCUUCCGGUCUUCUGCGUCGCUUCCGGCCCGGUAAGUGCAGGGCAGGCUCCUGGACGGUACCACCCGAACAAUUUUAAAGAUCCUGAUGUUCUUUCUGAAAUGAGUUUGGUGAUUAGAAAUCUGCAACGCGUGAUCCCCAUUAGGAGAGUGCCACUUCGCAGGAAUGUGGAGAUUGUAAGGAAUAUUUUAAGAGUGGAGAAAUUUGACCUGGGGAUCAUCUUUCUUGACAACAAGAAUAUUCAGCAUAUUAAUGGGAUCUAUAGAAAGAAAAACAUCCCAACCGAUGUGCUUUCAUUUCCAUUUCAUGAGAAUCUGAAAGCAGGUGAAAUUCCCCAGCCUGGUUUUCCAGAUGACUAUAACUUAGGAGACAUUUUCUUAGGUGUGGAAUAUAUCUUCCAGCAGUGCAAAGAAAAGGAAGAUUACUAUGAUGUUCUGACUGUGACAGCUACUCAUGGACUCUGUCAUCUACUGGGGUUCACACACAACUCAGAAACAGAGUGGCAGAAGAUGUACCUCCAGGAGAAGCAGGUACUGGAGGAGCUAAGCCGACGCACGGGGGCCCAGCUGCAGCCCCUCAGCAGGGGCCUCUUCUGAUGCUGCUGUGGGCAGGCACUGCAGGACCAGGGCUACACCAGAGCUCCUGAUCUGAGCCUUGCUUGUGCUAGACCUCUUCCGACACUGAAGCUGCUGAGCUCUGAGCUCCUGCCUCUCCCUCAUUGUUGCUGUAGACAUGGCCAUCCAGGGCCAAAAGGAGACUUGCCCUGCUACUUCUGUGUGGGAGACACAGGAGACUAACAGUUUCUCUAUACAAAAUCUCACUGGGACAGUCUUUCCCAUGUAUCUUCUGAACGUUGAAGCAAGCCACAAGUUCCAGAGCCUUUAGGAACAGGGGCCACGUCCUUGGUGGGAGCAGGUCAAGUGGGUUCUGGGUUCUGGCAUCUCCAUUGCUGUUAAAUGGGAUCCUAGGUAUGGUAGACACUGCAGGAGAUCAACAGUAAGAGACAACCAUAAAACCUGGGGAUUCUAGGA